CACGUACCGGUUACCCCACAGCGGUUUCACGCUAUAAUUCAGCUAUAAACACGGUUACACCUUUAAAUUCCCCCUCCCUCCACUUCAAGCUGCGAUUGCGCGUCAGCCUUCAUUGGCUGUCAGUGAUAAUCGGUCAGAGGACAGGAGGGAGGCACAAGGCCGCUUGUUUACAGCUGCACACGGUCCUGAUCAGUCCUUCUAAACAAUACACUCGCUUUAUUUGAUUUGUCAGGACACACGAGGCUCGUGUGAGAGGACGUGGACGAUCAUGUUUCUGUGUCGCACGGGGAGGCUGGUUCUGGAUCAGGGUUUCAAGUCACAUGGCUCGUUUCUAGUGCAAAUCCAAGCAAACAGACAGAGGACCGUCACUUUUACGUUACACGGAGACCUCACGUUUCAGCGGUACAGAUCCUUCUGUGUAUCCGCUGGGAGUGUCGAUUCAACACCUGCGCACCACGGGAAGCCACCGCCGGACCCGCAUCUCGUCCAGAGCUGGGGACACUUGGGCCGGGUGGCCACUAUAGCUGCGAAUCUAUCCAAAAGCGCGCAGAGUACGGGCGCUAAUCUGGGAGAACCGAUGGGUCAUGGUUUGUUUACAGGUAACCGGAGUGUUUCCGGUUGCUCCACCUCCACCACCACGAUGCAGACCCGAGCUUCAUCUACAGACAGGAAGAAGAAAGAGGCCGGGGAGGGGCCCGAGACUGACAGCAACAAGCUGGACGGGCAGAAUUUAAAGGAGGCUUCUGUUACCAGCUCAUCUACCGAAAAGGCCCCAGGGGAGCCUGAGCCUGAGGGAAUAAAACCCAACAAGACGCAGCAGCUAAAGAAAGUCUUCAGGGAGUAUGGAGCAGUGGGGGUUUCCUUUCACAUUGGCAUCUCCCUCAUGUCUCUGGGAAUGUUCUACCUCCUUAUAUCCAGUGGGAUCGAUAUGGCGGCCGUUCUGUGCAAGCUGGGCUUCAGCGAAGCAGUGGUUCGCUCUCAAAUGGCAGCAGGAACCAGCACGUUCGUCCUGGCCUACGCCAUCCACAAGCUCUUUGCUCCAGUUCGCAUCAGCAUCACACUGGUGUCCGUGCCUUUCAUUGUGCGCUACUUCAGAAAGACUGGUCUCUUUAAGCCACCCACGCCAGCACCCUGAUUGACCCUUCUCUACUCCACUGCUGCCUCAUUAAGCAGCAAACAUCUAGACUGUUAAUGGUCAUAAUUAAAAUGCCUGUAUAUAUCCUUUAUUCAUUUGCCUUCAGCUACGAACACUUCAUAAUACAUAAUAAAUAUCUGAGCCUUUCCAGCCUCUUGUCUUUUCAAAUGCAUUGGAAAGACAUUCCACUUUUUUUUCCCCAAUUCUGCCACAAUGAAUGUACGAAACAUGGACACAUUUCACCUGAAUUCACAGAUGUUAUGACCAGAUUGUACAAUCAGGGAUUUCAGGUUUUAAACUCUGCCAGGACACAAGCUUCUCUCUUAAUACUGUGAAGGUACCCCACAGGGACAAUUGGAAAAAGCUGAUCUUUCCUCCAUGCUUCCCUGCUAGCUGACUAGGCCAUGUUCUGGCGUUAUGUGAAUCAGCAGAAAAAUUCAGGUUCUCUCCGUCUGGUUUUUUUCUGCAUGCGUAGCUCACUGCUCUCACACCUUGAUUUUCUGCAGUUUUGCCUCUUUCAUAUUUUUCUUCUAAACUUCUCUCUUGACAUUCAUUUUCUUCUCCUCAUAUUCCUUCUCUCCCUCUUGUGCUCUAAUUUCACAAAUGCCACUGCCCAAGCAGUAAUUACAAGUCCAUUAAUUCUCAGAGAGCAGCUGAUCGUUGUUCAUUGGGAGCUUGGAAUGAAUGUUUUUUUUUUGAGUGAAUGGACUAUAUUUGACAAUUAAAAGG